GAAGUAGCGUCUUUGUGGGUCUGGGAUUGUUGGCGCUGAUUUGUCGGUUCUGCACUCUGAGCUGCGGGAUUUCUAGAGCCCCGCCCAUUACCGCGGCGUGAACUGUUUUUGAACGGUACGGUGUGCCACCCCCACCCCCCCGCACAAAUUGAUGGAGGUUCUGCAUCCUAAUGUCCGGAACAAAUGUGAGGGACCGGGCAGGCCCGCCAAUCCCGGGGUUUUCCUUGACGGACGUGCCGGCAAAGGGGACACCUGUUCGGGGGAACCCUCCAUCGACUUCCCGGUGUCAGUGGUUCUUCCUGCCGGCGGUACCGGAGAGAGAACCGGACUCCACACACCCAAACAGUUCUGCUCUUUGCUUGGCAGGCCGCUCAUAAGCUACACUAUCCAAGCUUUCGAGAGGGUGUCGUGGAUACAACACAUCGUGGUCGUGGUCGCCAAAGAGAGCAUGGGUCUGAUGGCGGACAUCAUCCAGCGGUUUCAACAUCAUAAGGUUCUAGUGGUGUCAGGCGGCUCAACCCGUCACCGCUCCAUAUGCAACGGAGUUCUGGCGCUGGACGAGGAGGGAACGGCGCCGGACAGACCCAGGGUGGUCAUCAUCCACGACGCUGUGCGGCCGUUUGUGGAGGAGGGCUUUCUACGCGAGAUCGCCGUGGCCGCCAAAGAUCAUGGGGCAGCGGGAGCUAUCCGACCUCUCGUUUCCACGGUGAUAGCCACCACAUCGGAGGGCUUCCUGGAUCAUUCUCUGGAGCGAGCCAAGUACAGAGCCAGUGAGAUGCCUCAGGGGUUCACCCACCAUGUGAUUCGCCAGGCCUACCAGAGGUGCACCGAGGCCGACUUUGAGUUCGGCACCGAGUGUCUCCAUCUGGCUCUGCAGUACUGUGGCACCAACGCAAAGCUCAUCGAGGGGCCGCCAACGCUGUGGAAGGUGACCUACAAAAAGGAUUUAGCUGCUGCGGAGUCCGUCCUCAAAGAGUCUCUGUCUGAGUCCGCCUGCAUGAUCACCGGAGGGCGGACGGCGGCGGCGGCGCUGGCCGAGGCCUUCCAGAAGGCGGCUGGAGCUCUGCAUAUGGGGCUGGACCCCAUCCCAGAUGUGACGGCAGAAAACUCCAGGUACCUGCUGAAGGAGUCCAACUUCAUCCAGGUUUCUAUAAAUGGUCAUUGUUUGUCUGAAGUGGAGGCUUUAAUCAAAGCGUUAGAGGAAGCUAAUCCAGCUGCUCUUCACCCGCUGGUCAUCAUUUGGAUGCGCGUGCUCACCGAGGACGAGGCGUCUGACAGCAGCACGGCGGCACCGACAUCUGCACUUUUGGACAUGGCCUCAACAGCCAAGCUCCAUCAGAUCCUUCUUUAUGGUAUCCAGUUUCUUCAGUCCAAGGACUCUGAGCGUUGGCAGAGGUCCGUGACCAGAGCGGCCGAGAUCACCAGGACGCUGAUCCGGGAGAGGAGCCCCGCUCUGGUGGGACAACUUCUGCAGGCGUGAAGCUCAGACUGAGGAGACCUUUUAUGGCGGCUUCCUCCAACUUUGCAAAGGUGGACUCAACAUAAACCAGGAGAAUUUCCAAAUAAAGGUGUUUUGAAGAAGUAUCACAUUCACACUUCCUCUUGCUUCUUAAACCUUUUUUAAAGGACAAAGAAAUCUUAGUUGAAAUCUUAGUCAACAUACAGCAGGUUAGAUGUUCCCUCCCCCAACCUGAUGGGGUCGAUUCCAUUGGAAGAUGCGCCUUGAUGAUAUCGCUCGUUGGCUCUGCGGUCAGCUGCUUUCAUCUGCAAACAGGAACAGGAGAUCAGCCCUGAGACGGAACCAAGAAACAGUUUCUAGAGAUGAAUCUCUGGCGGGUUAAAAAAGAAUAAAGGAAACUAUUUUUCA